CAAAUAAUAAAAAAAUUAUAAAAUAUUUUUAGUAGCUGUAACUAACAAUGAAGGCUUUCCUUAUCGCAACUGUGGCCCUCUGCUGCCUCGCUGGUGUUUUCGCCAAGUCUGCAUGCGAAGAACACCGUGAAAGGGAACAGAAAUCCAACACCAAAGUCAAACUGAUCCCCAAAUGCACGCCAGAAGGUGACUAUGAAGCCCUCCAAUGCUUCGAAGGUUCCAGAUUCUGCAUGUGCUGGAGGCCAGAUGGCAGCCACAUUGUUGAUCCCUCACUGAAGAUCAAGACUUGUGCAUGCCACGCUCACCGAGACAAUGAACUCAGACGAUCUGCCCAGGGAAUCAUCGGUAACUUUGUCCCCAUGUGCAACCAAGACGGAACCUACGCUAAGAAACAGUGCCAUGGAUCCAUCGGACUCUGUUGGUGCGCAGAUGAAAGUGGCAAGCCAGUAUCGGACUCUUUGAGAGGAGAUGUUGACUGCUAAUCAGUUUGUACAUAGACCAUCAAAUAAACUAUCACUAGCUGCUCAAGUAUAA